UUGAUUGCUUAACAAAUGCCAAAUAGACAUUAGAUUACCAUUACUUCCAAAUAUUCUAUAAUAGUGUAGUUGAACCCAAAAAUUCUAACGGAUUGAAGAAUAUUACAUAGCAAUAAUUUCAUAGCAAAAAAACAUAGCAAUAAUCUCUUCAAGAAGAAGAAGAAAAUCAAUGGAAGGAGGUGCUUCGAAAGAAGAUGGGCAAGACAACAGCAUAAGCAUAAACGUGAAAUUCAGCGGAGGAUUGAUAGCGAUCUCUGUAUCGCCGGACUCCACCAUCAAACACCUCAAAUCCCUUCUCCAGCCUCUCACCAACGUCCUUCCGCGUGGCCAAAAGCUCAUCUUCAAAGGGAAGCUUUUGGUGGACGAAAUGACGAUCAGGGCUUCUGAGGUCACCAAUGGGUCCAAGAUUAUGCUUAUGGCUUCCCAGGGAUUACACCAAGGGGGUGGCCCUAUUCUCAAACAAGCUCAAACUCGUCCGGUAUCAAGGGCUGGCUAUGCUGGUAAAUUGGGAAAAGAGCAUUUUAAAGAACAGAAGCCGGAUGCUUUGGAUAAAAACCGAUGGGAACGUUGGAAGACUACCGGAGUUAUAGCAUUGUCUGAAUGUAACUUGAAGGCUAUACCUGAUGAAGUUUGGGCUUUUGAAGUUUCUGCCAGAGUUCUUGAUCUCAGCAACAAUGCCAUUCAAGAAGUGCCUCUUAAAAUUGGUUCUUUGAAAAUUCAGAAGUUGUACUUAAAUGGAAAUGAUAUAAUGGACGGAUCCAUUAGCUGGGAAGGACUGGCAUCUUUAAAGUAUCUAACGGUUCUAUCAUUGAAUCAAAACAAUUUAACAACAUUGCCAUCUGCUCUGGGAGGGUUGACUUCACUUAAGCAACUUCAUGUUGCUAUCAACAAGUUGACUAGCCUCCCUAAUGAAAUACGAUUUCUGAAUCAGCUUGAAGUGUUGAAAGCCAACAGUAAUAGGAUAAGUACCAUCCCUGCAUGCAUUGAGGAUUGCGGUGCCCUUAUUGAGGUUGAUCUUUCAUCAAACUUUCUAUCCGAGUUGCCUGAUACAUUUGGAAAUUUGCAUAAUUUGAAGUCAUUGCAUCUCGACAAUAAUGGGCUAAAAUCCAUCCCUUCAACUUUAUUCAAGAUGUGCCUGCAACUGACGACACUGGAUUUGCACAACACAGAAAUCACAAUGGAUGUUCUUCGUCAGUGUGAAGGAUGGAAGAGUUUUGAUGAGCGUCGACGACUGAAGCAUCAAAAGCAACUGGACUUCCGCAUUGGCUCCGCUGCUUUUGAUGAAGGUGCAGAUAAAGAUUGAUACUACAGUAACGGUUGUAGAAAUUCUUUUUCCAAGGAAGCCAUUAUACUUGGAGGAAAUAGUACAUUACUACAUUGGUAUUGCUCUAAUUAUUAUAGGAUGUAUAUCCUUUCUUAUAGGACAGUCAAAACAAUUAUAUGAAUGAGACAACCGAUCUUUUGAAAACAUUUUUUUUUUCUUUUUUUUGGAUUUUCCCUUUUCAGUUUCUUCUCAUACACUAUUGUUGGGGUAGCAAUUUGCUCGUGAUCCCAACAACUGUUACCCUCUUAACUCUUGUUCUACAAACUUAUCUAAUUCUAAACUACUAGAAUGUGAGAA